AUGUUAUCCUAUUUUUUAGUGCCUUCAACGGAAACAACGAUUUCAUCAACAACAACGAUAACGACAUCUUCAUCAACAACAACAACAACAUCAUCAACAACAACUACAACAUCAUCAUCAUCAACAACAACAACAACAACAACAACAUCAUCGACAACAACAACAACGACAGUAAAUACGCAAUACAACGCGACAUUUACGGCACAAAAACCAAUUUCCUGUCCCGGAGGUCCGUGGAGUGUGGCUGUUCGUGAUGUUAAUAACGACAGCACACCGGAUAUUAUUAUCGCAAACAUUGAUAAUAACACAAUCCUUAUACUCUUUAACUCGGGCAACGGCACAUUCCCUGUACAAAAAACUUACUCAACUGGCGCCAACCCUUAUAGCGUGGUAGUUAUUGAUAUUAAUAAUGAUAGCAAGCCCGACAUUAUUUACUCAAACAGUGGAGGUGACAGCAUUGGUUUUCUCCUUAACAAGGGUAACGGCUCAUUUGGUCUACAAACAACUUAUUCAACUGGUUUGGAUUCGCAGCCCCGUGGUUUGUCAGUCAUUGAUAUCAAUAAUGAUAACAAACCCGACAUCGUUGUCGCACUUUU